AUGGAUUUUCUCUUCGUCUGCCCCUUUCUGCUGGUGCUGCUGCUGUCCCGGGGCAGCUUCGCAGACCUGGAAAAACAGAGGAUGGACUCUGGCUUGGAAAUCUAUAAGAAGCUGUUUGAAGUGAAGCGCAAGGACCAGAUGAACGCGUUGAAGAACCUGAUCGAGCUCAACGAUGUCAACCAGCAGUACAAAAUCAUUGACAUCAUGCUCAAGGGACUCUUCAAAGUGCUGGAGGACUCCCGGGCUGUGCUCAUCGCUGCCGACGUGCCUCCCGACGGGCCUUUCCCUCAGGACGAGAAGAUAAAGGAUGACCUGGGCUGGUCCCUGUCUGUCGGGGACCCUAUUGCUUCCUCUCUGAGCAGUUCGUACUGGGGAGCCUACCCGUUUGCCCUCAGCCUCCCCAACUCCUGGCGGGGCCGUAGGUGCUGGCGGGACAGGGCGUGCAUGGCUCAGGAGCUGGGAAUCAGCGAGAAAUCACCCGAUUACCGCAAUCCCUUUAAAACAGACCACUCCGAGUUUUUCCCCAGUGCCGACACCUUCCAGAAGGCGCUGCGGGAGGAGGAGAAGCGGAGGAAGAAGGAGGAGAAGCGGAAGGAGAUACGCAAGGGCCCACGCAUCUCUCGCUCGCAGUCAGAGCUGUAG